GAUAGUACGGUAGACUAGCCGCGCCUUCGAGGAAGUGAGAAUCACUGUCAGUUUAGAAAUCUGUCCUCUAGAAGCGAGCUGUUGUAUGUCUCACGAAAUCAUUUCUGUUAUACAAUAAAGUGGUGAGCCAAGAACAAGGAAGAUGUUUUCUCCGCGGGUCCUGAAGUCUGCAUCGUUGUUAAUGUGCAGAGGGCUUUCCACGAGUCAAAUGUGCCUCCAAGGGAAAGCACCAGAUAUGGCUGAUGGAAACACAUUUUUACUUGUGAGCAAUGUUCGCAACAGGCUGCGGGAGAUCGUUGGAGCGUCCACCAACUGGAAAGAUCAUCAGCAAGCAUUAGCUGAGCGUGCAACACUAAGCCAGUAUCUUGCUCAGAGUCAAGAUGAACUUCCUGCAAAGACAAUGAAGGACAGUGCAAUUGAGGCACAUCUUCCUCUGGGUUCCCAGCCUGCCUUGAGAGAGAAAUACCUCAACUAUCACAACAGUGUCAGGUUUGGAAGGAUUUUGGAGGACUUGGACAGUUUAGCAGUGCUCAUCUGUUAUUCUCACACAUGGAAUAAAGAGCUGAAAAGAUCUCCACUGUCUAUCGUCACCGCCCUAGUGGACAAGAUCGAUAUGAGAAAAAACAUAAUCUACCCCGACUGUGACAUUAAGUUCACGGGUCAUGUGACAUGGGUUGGCAAAACCUCAAUAGAAGCUAAAAUGCAUUUGUCUCAGUAUCAUGAUGGGGCGUACACUGAUGUAUUAGAUGCCACAUUUGUAAUGGUGGCUCGAGAUCCUGAAAACAAAAGGGCAGCUUUUAUAAACCCACUAAAACUAGAGAGUCUAGAGGAAGAGGCCAUUUUUCAACAAGGAGAGAUUAACAAGACGAGGCGUGUGGAGCUGAGCACAGCCUCUCUUCUGAAAGUGGCCCCUACAGCCGAGGAGAGGACUCGCAUUCACAACCUGUUCCUCAACACUCUAGACACACAAACUGUCAGCUUUCGGAGUCGUAUUUUACCACCUAACUCCGUGUGGAUGGAAGAUGCCAAAAUGAAAGGGCUUGAGAUUUGCCAUCCACAAGAAAGAAAUAUCUUUAACCGGAUAUUUGGUGGUUUUUUGAUGAGAAAAGCCUAUGAACUUGGUUGGGCGAAUGCCUGUGCAUUUAUUGGUAGCAGACCAACACUGGUGGCUGUCGAUGACAUCUUAUUUCGAAAACCAGUAGAAAUUGGCUCUUUGCUAUUGCUGUCCUCACAGGUUUGUUACACAGAAGGGAUGCACAUCCAGGUCAGGGUUCACACAGAGGUGCUUGACCCAUUGACCCGACAACACAGCACCACAAAUGUAUUUCACUUCACUUUUUGCAUUGAGAAGGAUAUCCCAGCUGUUGUACCACAGAGCUAUGGAGAGUCUAUGCUUUAUCUGGAUGGAAAGAGGCACUUUGAUGAGACCAUGAGGAGUCAAGGUUGAGCAUCUGGGAUGUGCAGGGAUGAAAGUUCUCAUUUUUUAUUUCCGUUCAUUUUAUAUUCACUAUAUUUUUUAUUGUUUGCUGCAUUUGACGUAAAUCUAAAACAUUAUUUUUCACAAUUUUAAACUUACAGUGGGAGAGGAGCAUUUAGUGAAAUGGUUUUGCAAUGAAAGGUGUUUUUUUUUUAUGUUUCUUGAUUGUGGUAAUAUUGAACCUAUUUAGUCAUUAAGACUUAUAACAGACCAUGUUCUGUUUGCACUACAAUGCCAUUCAUAAGAAGAUAUGACAAGACUCUUAAACCAAGUGAUUUUGGUUGUACUGUUACUGAUCUGAAUGCAGCCAAAGUGAUUCAUGAACAACUGGUACCUUGGAAAAGGAUAUACAUAUUUGCACAAAUUCUAAGAAUAAGUCUUCCUUCCUUCCUUCCUUCCUUGAUCUUCUCAAAAGGAAACAAGGAGAUCUGAAACCUGAGAUCAAAUUAUGAGAGCACUGCCUCACCAAACACUCCAAAAACACUUUUGGUCUAGAAUGCACAUUAUGAAUAAGAAUCGGGUUUUGCUGUUAUAUCUGCAUAUGUUUCAGAAUGCUGACAAAUUGGCUUAUAUAUAAACAUCCAUUUUUGCAUUAUUAUUUUUAAAUGCAACAAACAACCUUGGACUUUUGCAAAAAAAAAAUGGUAGUAAGAACCUAGAAUGGACUCUGUAAGAAGUUAAAGUGCCCCUGUUAUGGGUUAUGAAAGGUUCAUAUUUUGGUUUUGGGAGUCCCCAACAACAGGCUGACAUGCAUGCAAGGUCAAAAAAUACUUUCAUCAUCUUAUAAUGUGCAUUUUACCUUAUUUGCUCAAUGAUUCCCAAAUGAUUAGUUUAACGAUCCAUUUUCCCAAACCCCUCCUUUUCGUGAUGCUAAUCUGCAGUGAUUUUUUACACUAACAUGUAAAAGGAAGUAGCUUCAGGGAGAUUUAUAAUGCAUUUCAUGUACACACUACCUGUAGCACAAUGACCAACAAAUGCAUGCCUUUUUUCACAAAAUAUGUUUACCAUCAUUUAUUUUUUAAAUACUUGUAUUAUUUUAUGUUUGUAUGAGUAUUCUUGUUUGUUUCUUAUAAAUACAGAACAUUAAAUAUGCUUGUUUACAUCUGA